AUGAUUCUUCCUUUUCUAGCAUUGGAACGACUACAAAUUGAAAUGGGACCCAAAGAUGUUUGGAGGAAUCCGAGAUGUCCGAUUUUCAGUGUAUCUGAAUCAUUCGACUCCACUUAUUCAUCAAGAUUUAUAGUUUCUUCAAAUGGAGAUGUUCAGCAAAAUCCACCUGGAAUAUUUAGAUUUAUUUGUCAAAUCGAUGUCACCUAUUACCCAUUCGAUCGUCAGACAUGUUUUCUGAAACUCGGCUCAUGGACAUACAACGGACAGUAUAUCAAUUUGGACUUUUUAUUGAGAGAAAUUAUUGGUCUUCAUGGCAAUCCAAUCGUUGUGGAACCGGAAAGAUCCUCUACAAAUCCAGCGUCAUAUUUUGUGAAUGAAUCUAUUGAUCUACAAGUUUAUUUGCAAAAUGGAGAAUGGGAUUUGGAAGGAACUCCUGGAAAACGAGUGGUUCAGAAAUUUGGAACUGAUGAAUACCAUGAACUCUAUUUCUAUAUUCAUAUCCGACGGAGAACUUUGGCUUAUGGAAUCAAUUUGAUUAUUCCAUCUCUUGUUAUUUCGAUGAUGACUAUUCUGGGAUUCACUCUGCCACCAGAUGCUUGUGAGAAGAUUACACUAGAAACCACCGUCCUCCUCUCUGUCAUCUUUUUCCUUCAAAUGGUCUCUAACACUAGUCCUCCACAAUCUCAAAGUGUACCUAUCCUAGCCGCCUUCUUCUCUUGUUGUCUAAUGUUGGUGGCAUGUUCCUGUGUAUUCACAGUGUUAACAUUAUCUCUUCAUCAUCGAAAACCAGAAACUCAUGAGAUGAGCCCGACGAUGCGAAAAAUCUUCAUCGACUGGCUUCCUUACAUCCUGUGUAUGUGUAAACCAGAUCAUCCGAAGACUCCAAAACCAAAGGUUCUUGGUAAAUCGAUCGCCCCCAUCCACCGAUUAUCAACUAUCCCGAUGUUGAAUUUACCGAGAGUUUCACAAACUGCAUUCCCAGAUAGAAGUGUUUUUGUGUAUCAUGAAGUGCCGGCUAUUAUAAAGAACACUUCUCGGAUAUGCUCGGAACUCUUGAUUAUUGAGAAAGAUAUCGAGAAGAUGGUGAAUAAGAUUGAGGAGGAUUCGAAGGAAGAAAUGCUUCGUUCCGAGUGGAGAUUCGCUGCAAUGGCAGUGGAUAGGCUGUGUCUUUACGUGUUUUCUGCAUUUAUCACAGCUAUUACUUGUGUUUUAAUUGUACCUCAUAUUAUUGCUAAUUUAUAG